AUGACCUGUACAAAGCCAGAUUUAAGCUGGGUGAUCAUUAAACUGUCACAUUACUUAUCAGAGCCAACAGAACAACAUCUAACCACAGCUAAGCAUAUGAUGAGGUACUUAAAGUGUACUAUUGACUAUGAGUUUUGCUACAGAAAAUUUAGUGAAAACUUGAAAAUCGAGGCGUAUAGUGAUGCCGAUUGGGCCUCUGAUGUGAAUGAUAGGAGGAGUAUGACUGGAAACUGCUUUAUCCAAACCAAGAAUAGCCCACUGAUUGCAUGGAAAUCAAAGAAGCAGCCCACAAUAGCUUUAUCUACAUGUGAAGCUGAAUACAUUGCAUUGGCUGCGACUACACAGGAAAGUCUGUACCUUAUCCAGUUACUUAAAGGAAUGGAUAAAGGGUGUCAUUAUUAA